GACAGUUUACAGGUGUAUAUGCUUAUGCACAAUAAACACAGCUCGAAAAAUCAUUACUUUUGCAUUGUUGGAAAAAUUUCGUGGCUGCAUUAAAAAGAAGAUUAUUUGACAAAUAAAGCAAGUUAUAAAUACAAAAACUAUAUAAAACUUACAACAAUUCUUAAGACAAUAUGACCGACUCCAAGUAUUUUACAACUACCAAGAAAGGUGAAAUCUUUGAACUCAAAUCCGAGUUGAACAAUGACAAGAAGGAAAAGAAGAAGGAAGCGGUGAAGAAGGUCAUCGCCAGCAUGACGGUUGGCAAAGAUGUAUCUGCGCUUUUUCCUGAUGUCGUUAAUUGCAUGCAAACGGAUAAUUUGGAGUUGAAGAAAUUAGUUUAUUUGUAUUUAAUGAAUUAUGCUAAAUCGCAACCCGAUAUGGCAAUUAUGGCGGUUAAUACUUUUGUGAAGGAUUGUGAGGAUUCUAAUCCGCUCAUACGUGCAUUGGCUGUGCGCACAAUGGGUUGCAUACGUGUCGAUAAGAUAACCGAAUAUUUAUGUGAGCCACUGCGUAAGUGCUUGAAAGAUGAAGAUCCCUAUGUGCGCAAGACGGCUGCUGUAUGUGUCGCCAAGCUAUAUGAUAUCUCCUCCUCAAUGGUUGAGGAUCAAGGCUUCUUGGAUCAACUUAAAGAUCUGCUCUCCGAUUCGAACCCCAUGGUGGUGGCUAACGCCGUUGCCGCACUAAGCGAAAUCAAUGAAGCCAGUCAGUCCGGACAACCGUUGGUCGAAAUGAACUCAGUAACCAUCAAUAAAUUGCUGACUGCGCUUAAUGAGUGCACCGAAUGGGGACAAGUAUUCAUACUCGACUCGCUAGCCAACUACAGUCCCAAGGACGAGCGCGAGGCGCAAUCCAUUUGUGAACGUAUUACACCACGUUUGGCACACGCCAAUGCCGCUGUGGUUUUGAGCGCUGUCAAAGUGCUUAUGAAAUUGUUAGAAAUGCUUUCAAAUGAUAGCGACUUCUGUGCAACGCUCACCAAGAAGUUGGCGCCACCAUUGGUCACAUUGCUUUCGUCAGAACCCGAGGUGCAGUAUGUUGCAUUGCGUAACAUUAAUUUGAUUGUGCAGAAGCGUCCCGACAUACUCAAGCACGAGAUGAAGGUGUUCUUUGUCAAGUACAAUGAUCCCAUUUAUGUGAAAUUGGAAAAACUCGACAUCAUGAUACGUUUGGCGAAUCAAACCAACAUUGCGCAAGUGUUGAGCGAGCUGAAAGAGUACGCCACUGAGGUGGAUGUGGAUUUCGUGCGCAAAGCAGUACGUGCUAUCGGACGUUGCGCCAUUAAGGUGGAACCCUCUGCUGAGCGUUGCGUUUCCACACUACUCGAUCUGAUACAAACUAAAGUCAACUACGUUGUACAAGAGGCAAUUGUUGUCAUCAAGGACAUCUUCCGCAAGUAUCCGAACAAAUACGAGAGCAUUAUCAGCACAUUGUGCGAAAAUCUCGAUACGCUCGAUGAGCCUGAGGCACGUGCCUCCAUGGUUUGGAUUAUUGGCGAAUACGCUGAGCGCAUUGACAACGCCGACGAGCUGCUCGAUAGUUUCUUGGAAGGUUUCCAAGAUGAAAAUGCGCAAGUGCAGCUGCAACUGCUCACCGCCGUCGUUAAGUUGUUCUUGAAACGCCCAUCUGAUACACAAGAGUUGGUGCAGCAUGUGCUCUCAUUGGCCACGCAAGACUCUGAUAACCCCGACUUGCGUGAUCGUGGUUUUAUAUACUGGCGUCUGUUGUCAACCGAUCCUGCGGCCGCUAAAGAAGUUGUCUUGGCUGACAAGCCGCUAAUUUCCGAAGAAACUGAUUUGCUCGAGCCCACACUAUUGGACGAGCUGAUCUGUCAUAUCAGCUCUUUGGCUAGUGUGUACCACAAACCGCCCACGGCCUUUGUGGAGGGACGCGGUGCUGGCGUACGCAAGUCGCUGCCAAAUCGUGCACCGGCCGCAGGCACCGCCGAGCCAGAGGCUGGCGGCGAAGCUAUGGUUAUACCGAAUCAAGAGUCGCUGAUCGGCGAUUUGUUGUCUAUGGACAUUAAUGCGCCCGCCAUGCCGGCAGCGGCGCCAACCACCAGCAAUGUCGAUCUACUCGGCGGCGGUUUGGAUAUUUUGCUUGGCGGCGGUCCAACUGAGCCCGCUGCUGGCGGCGCUAGCAGUCUACUCGGCGACAUAUUCGGCCUCUCCGGCGCUGCACUCACUGUGGGCGUGCAAAUACCGAAAAUCGUUUGGUUGCCCGCCGAGAAGGGUAAGGGUCUCGAAAUACAAGGCACCUUCUCACGUCGCAAUGGUGAAAUCUUCAUGGAUAUGACACUCACUAACAAAGCUAUGCAGCCGAUGAGCGGUUUUGCCAUACAAUUGAACAAGAAUAGUUUCGGUUUGAUGCCCGCCUCACCCAUGCAAGUGGCACCGUUGCCACCAAACCAAAGCACCGAAGCCACACUGCCGCUGGGCGCACACGGCCCAGUGCAACGCAUGGAACCGUUGAAUAAUUUACAAGUUGCCGUGAAGAACAACAUUGACAUAUUCUAUUUUGCCUGCCUAGUGCAUGGUAAUGUGCUCUUUGCCGAGGACGGUCAGCUGGAUAAACGUGUGUUCUUGAACACCUGGAAGGAGAUACCCGCCGCCAAUGAGGUGCAAUACAGUUUGAGCGGUGUGAGUGGCACCACCGAUGGCAUUGCCUCCAAAAUGACCACCAACAAUGUAUUCACCAUUGCCAAGCGCAAUGUGGAGGGUCAGGAUAUGUUGUAUCAGUCGCUGAAACUGACCAACAACAUUUGGGUACUACUCGAAUUGAAGCUGCAGCCGGGUAAUCCCGAUGCUACGCUCAGCUUGAAAUCGCGCUCGGUGGAGGUGGCACCAAUGAUAUUCGCCGCCUACGAGGCUAUCAUACGCUCGCCUUAAGCGGUGCGACACAUAUGUAUUUAGACCUAAUUGCAUCAAAUAUACUGAAUAUACAACAAAAACUGUAUGCAAAAUUAAUCAAUACAAAAUUUAUGCAAAAUUUUUGGAAAUACAAGUAUUCUCUAACAGCGCAAAUUUAUUCCCUCAAAUAUUAUAUAAAUAUGUAGUAUCGUUUUGUUUUCAUAAAUUGUUGUAAGCAAAAUGUUACACAAAGCAAAAAGUGUUAAAUGUUAAACAAGUUGAAGAAAAUAAAUUAUUCGAAUUCGAAACAUUCCUAAUAAUUCAAAUAAAAUAUUUGUGCGAUUGCUAUAUGAAAAUUGUAUCGUUACCACUAUAACAAUAACAAUAAAUAAUAUAAACAUAUACAAAAAAUGUUAAAUGUUAAACAAGUU